AUGGGAGAAGGUGAUAUUGAUGUUUGUGAAGUUGAAACAUGUCCACAACAAGACUUAAAUCAAUUUUUUAGUGACUUUGAACAACUAGCACUUUUUAGGGACGAUGAAGAUGAUGACUUAUUAAAUGAGGACAACUAUAUUCCUAGACCCAAGAGGAUUAGGAACUUGCUAAAGUCAGUUCCAAAUGAAGAUGGAGUUAGUAAAAAUCUUAAGGUCAAGGUUAAGGAUGCUCACAACUUGCCAAAUGGAUUACGUGUGGUCGUGAAUUAUGAUGAUAAAUAUCAACCAAUUGGAGAAGCAUCUGGUUUUCUUGCUGGAGUGUGUGGGCAGCUAGCAACAAAUUGUAUAUUGUUCCCUAUAAGUUUUGAAAGGUGGUCAUCUAUGACAGAUACUUACAAGGACAAAGUGUGGGAAAGUCUAAAGAUAAAUGGGGACUUGGCAAAAAGAGAUGUUAAGUCUAGAAUUGGAAAACUAUGGAGGGAGUACAGAUGGAAGCUGUGGAAUGAGUUUUAUGACCCCCUUCUUAGUAGAAAUGAUCUCAUCAAGAAUGUUCCCGAUGAGAUUACCAUGGAUCAAUGGGCUCUGUUUGUUGAUUAUCGUCUCAAGCCUUCAACAAUGGUAAACAAAUUGUAA